UGCAACAGACGGCCACAAGGAAUUGAUCGUCGCUCGUCGCUCGUCGCUCUAUGAAUUGGUAGUUUGUGUGUCAUUUUUUAGGUUUUUGUUCGUACCAGCAAACUGAACGUAAAAAUUAAAAAAAGAAAAAAGUUUAGAAAUGAAUAAAAAUAAAGCAUUUGUUUAAAUAAAACCGCCUAAUUCUAUAGGGUUUUUUCAUAUCUAAAGAGACGGUGCGAGGAAGAGAGGUUGCAUAUUCAAAGUUAGGGCUUUUUCAUACAGUGCGAGAGAGUGAGUGGGUGGUUUCAUGGACCGUCUUCUUCGUCCAAGAGAACGGCACGCCUUUUCUGGCUUUACAAAGCCUGAGAUUGAUAAAAUGGAGACAAUGCUAGAGGAAUCAGAAGAACAGUUGCUUAACCAAGAAUUUUGUAAAAAAAUUGCACAAAAGUUCAAUCGCUCGUCUGGUCGUGCUGGGAAACCUAUUGUUAAAUGGACUGAGGUACAUAGUUGGUUCCAAAAUCGACAGAAAGAUAUACCCAAAAACAUGCAUGUGCUCCCAAAAGUUAGCCCUUCAAAUGGGACUAAUGGAAUCUCACAAAUGCCAAAAGAAGAUGGUUCAAAAGCAGGAGAGAGGAUCCCAGACUUAUCAGAUUUGGAAUUUGAGGCAAGGUCAUCAAAGGAUGGGGCAUGGUAUGAUGUUGAUAUCUUCAUUGGUCACAGAUUUCUUGGUGCAGUCCGUGUCAGAUUUGUUGGAUUUGGUGCUGAGGAGGACGAGUGGGUCAACGUGAAAAAGGCAGUGCGGCAGCGUUCCAUCCCUCUAGAUCAUUCAGAGUGCCAUAAAGUGAAGGAAGGAGACCUCGUCCUCUGCUUCCAGGAGAGAAGAGAUUGCUUGAUCUACUACGAUGCCCAUGUUUUAGAAAUCCAACGGAGACUGCAUGAUAUAAGGGGUUGCAGGUGUCUUUUCUUGAUACGGUACGAACACGACAACACUGAGGAGAGAGUUCGUUUGAGGAGAUUAUGCGGCGUGCGGUGCUAAAUAUAGUGGCUAAUCUUUCAGAUCCUGUCUUCUUUAUAUUUUUGUCCGAUUGGUAUUAUAUGCAUAUAGGAGGAAUAUGGAUACCAUAGAGUGCAGCUAAGACAUGUAAGGACAAUAUAUUUGGAUACCUAUCCGAGUGUCGCUUUUUUAUUUUUUAUUUUUUUGUUUAAACCCGUCUCUUUGCAAACAUGUGGACGAAAGAGUUGGGAUGCAAUGGCGCCCCCCAGGAUCAGCAAUUACGGCAAAUCACAACCACAUUCCUGGUAACUACAAAUUUAUUUCUC